AUGCCCAGCUUCGCGCAGUGGCUUCGAUCGUUUGUCUUUUCAGCCGACCCCGAUGCCGUCCUGUCCGAUCGGGUUCUUCGCAAUGAGGAGGCCCGGCUCCGGCUCGCCACGGCGCGUGUGGAGCAUCAGGAGCGGGAAAGGGCUCACGAGGCCAAAUUGGCGGCCCUCGAUCACGACCUUCACGCCCAUCAAGAGCGCUACGCCGAGCAGGCGAGGCCGCUGCUGCAGGAGUUCGACGACGUCGCCGUCGCCGCGCACUACUAUGAGGAGGUCAAGCACUUCCUCAUCAGCCAACGCGCGAUGGUCGGGAAGCUCGCGGCGGACGAACUCGGGCACUUCGCCUACCUGAGCAAAAAACUACUGUCGGUUUCCCUCAAUUUUGAGGCCCUCCGCCGGCGGCUGAGGUCUGGGGAGCCCUUUCGAACGGAGCUUCAGGCCCUCCUGGACGACGCCGAAAAUGAUGAGCUGCGGUUGAUCGCCGCGCCGCUGUUUUCCUUCGCGGCGAAGGGGGCGCCGCAGGGGGAGGCCGUGAGGGCCGCCGCCUGGGGCCUCGCGCGCGCCAUCGAGGAGACCGGAAGGGCCCCCGCACAGGAGCCGGUCCGGGGAUGGCUAAAUUUUUUGAAAUUUCGCACCACCUUUAGCCCAACGACCGUACAGAUGAAUCAGAUCCUCGCCCGUGGACGCGCACAGGUCUUUAUGCGGCAUAUGAAUACAGCCGACUACCCCAAUGCCCUGAAAGCCGCUGAAGAGGUUUUUGAGAGUCUAGAUAAAGAAAAUGAGGCAACCUAUGAUACGUUCCUCGCGACCUACCGGAGUUUUCGUAGGGUGAUCUUUCCACACAUCGCGGCGAAUAUUUUUGAUAUGUACGCUCAGUCCUCACUAAAUGAUUCUCGCUUUGCGUCUGUGGAAAGCGUACUGAAGGGGUGA